AUGAGGCAUGACGGUCUCCACCUCGACCAAGAUGAGGCAGAGAAGUUGGCACGUCUUUUACUACUGGACGUGGCGCCGACCAGUUCCCAGAGUCGCCAGCGUGACUCACAUGGGGGCGACGACAACAGUGGACGUCGGCGCGAUCACGGGCAGAGUUCCAGUGCUCCGUGGUCGAGCGCCGAGGAUCGCUCGUGGUCAGGCUGGCAUGCACCACCGCCAGAGCACGAGUCGACGAGUGCCGGGACAUGGUCCGGUGGCGGCGCUGCCGCGUCCGCCACCGAGACGUCCCAAGGCAGGACGGAGCAGUGGCAUUCAGGCGGCUGGGACGCGACGAGAAGCACCUGGCAGGAGCCGGACUGCAAGCCCGGCGAGCAGCAGUGGGCUUCUUCGCGAUCCACCUGGACUACGGCUUCGACCUGGAAGAGCUACGGGGACGAGCAUUGGAAAGACGAGCAGUGGGGCGACUGGUCAUCCGGAUGGAGAUGGAACGACAACUACAAGGACAGCAAGUGGGAGCCCAAUAAGCGCCACUCCGGACAUGAUGACGACCGCCCCAGCAUCAACACUGGCAAGGACUUCGCCGACCCCGAGAAAUGGAGAGGCUGGGGGGACUACCGCAUGUGGCGCCGCACGGUGCUGCGCUGGAGAACACUGACGGACGCUCCCUCCCACAAGCAGGCUGAUCGCCUCUUCCGCUCUCCUGAUCAAGACCUUCAACGGAAGCUCGAGGACCUCGAUGACGACACGCUGUGCAGCUCAUGGGGUUUCGACGCCAUUGUCAAACGCCUUGACCUGAUGUCUGGUGAAAGACACGGCGACGAGCGACGGAAGGAAGGAGUUUCUCUCGACGAGCGCUCGGCGCAGAUGGUCAAGGUGCUCAUGAGGGGCCAGAAGGACUACAAGUCGGCUCUCUCGGCCAUUCGGGAGAUGGAUAUCUCCCAUCGAGAGCAUCUCAAGGCACGCAGGACCUACGCCACUAUGGGCUCGGAAGCACCCCCACCUCAGGUGCCUACCUAUCAGGUCGAGCGCGACGACGAGUCCCUGCUUGACUACUCGGAUGUCUCCUCCAUGGACUCAGACGGGGAAGCAGAGGUCUGGGCGAUCCCGGAGUCGGCCGACGUCGGGGAGGACGACGCGCCUGCAGCGCUGGCCGCCAUCAACCAGGAGCGCCGCAAGACGUGGAAGCAGAACCGCGACUUGAAGAGACAGCUGAAGACCGACCGGAAGUUCUACGAUAGGUCUGGCCAGGGCCGUGGCAGUGAGGGGCGCGAGAAGGCUCGCAGGCCCGGCCACAGGGCAGCAGACGGCACGUUCAGAGCGCGGAAGAGCCGCCUUCCGCUUGCCGAAUUAAUUAAGCGCACCAGAUGCCGUGUCUGUCAUCAGAAGGGACACUGGUCUCGAGAGUGCCCACAGAAGCAGGGCGCAGGAGCCAAGGACGAAAAGGGGUCUCCUGCCACGGGUAUGACUUUCCUGUAUUUGAAUGCUUUAGACCACUCCACCUCCCAGUGCUUCGACGAGCCUCCUCCUCCAACCUACGCAGUUGUCCUGCUCGCCGUAGGUCCUGGGGCCAUGGUGGUCGACACCGCGGCCGGCCAGGGCCUUGUAGGAGAGCAAGCUUUGCAGAAGAUCGAGGGGCACUGGGCCUCAAAGGGGCUCGCCGCCCCAAGGGUCCCACCCAGGAACCCAAGCGCGCGCGGAGUAGGUGGGGGGGUAAAGGUCACCCACACCGCUCUGAUCCCUGUAGGCAUCGAGGGUAGCAUGGGGGUGUUGGAGCUGGAUGUCCUGGACCAGGUAGACGAGUUUUCAGUUCCCGCCAAAGACUUUAAAGCCCCGGCCUCCGUGUUUAGGUUCCAGAACAGGCCCGCUAAGGGGUCUGGAGUCGGGCGGCACUUCCGGCUCCGCGCUGAGCAGUACGUGUACUUCGGGACUCGCCAGGGCUUUGAGUUCCAGGUCGAGACGUUUCAGAGCCAGGGGAGGGUCGACAGCGCGGGGUUGGAGGUGGCCGACGUGGGCCACGAGGAGCGGCCGCAUGCGAUGACGGACCGCAUGCAGAGCCAGACGGACUCAGCAUGGGUCUACGGGGCCACCGGGACCUACGUCCCGGAGAACCUCAACAAGGGCGAGAAGGGAUGGGCCUGUUUGGCCGGGUGGGUGCUAUAUUGGUCGGCGCGUCUGGCCGAGGAGUUCGGGAGUAUGUGCCGCGCCAAGCGCUUCUGGCCGACCAACCUGCCCAAGUCUCUUCGCCGCCUCUCGGAGGCGUACGAGACGUGUUGGCACCCACCGACGCUCGUGAACUACGGAGCCAACUCGUGGGGGAAGUGGUUCGUAUGCAGCGGGUGCACGAUGAGGGUCGGAUACUGGGAGCUGAGGCCGACAAAAGGGACCGUGAAAGAGGAGAAGAUGUGCCUGUGCAAGAAGAAGGACGCCGCGUGCACGCUGCGUGGACAAGGUUGGGCUCAGGGCGCGACCGCCGAGCCACAGUGGCAGGCCUUGAUAUGCGUACCCAAGCCACCUCCUGGGGCCGAAAGGGCUCCGUUGCCUCUUCACCCGGGCAUGAUGGCCGGAGGUCUGGCGGGCGGCUCAGUCAUGACGGCUCGGCAGCCGGCGUAUCAGCGAGUGGCGGAGGACGCGGCGAAGGUCACCGAGGCGCUGCAGAAGGAUCAGGCGGAACAGAGGUCCGCAGCAGCAGCAGCUCGCCGGGCGUCCUCAACGAAGCGCAAGCCAGAGAGCGACACGGAGGCCAUGGACACCGCCUCCGACCCACUCGAGGAGAUGCGCGAGUACCAGGCCAAGACCGAGAGGGACAUGAAGGGUAUGGUCGAGAGUCAAUUUCAGGAGAUGAAGGCCAUGAUCCAGGGGGUGAUGGCCUCGCAGGCGUCGCAGCAGGAGGCGCUCGAGCGGGUCACGACCACCGUAAAAGAGCAGAUGACGGCGAUCGCGACCGCCCAGGGACAGGCGCAGGAGGCCAGCCGAAUGAUCAGGGCCAUGGCGCAGGGCAGCUCGAGCAGCAAGGCGGACCAGGUCAAGGUCACAGCCGCUGCAAUCGACUCCCCCCCCAAGGCGGAGGCCAGGGCACCGCAGGCUCGGGAGGUUCCACAACGGCCAGUGCCGUCGGGGCAUCCUUCGUCACUGGGCCAGCAGAUGACCGAGCCACAGCCUCAGAGCCCACCACCUCUCGCAGCGGGGGCGCCGCCAGGGGUGGCUCCAACAGCGUGGGCCUACAUUGGGACAGCACCGCUCGACGGGACGAGUGUGCCGGCGGCGAUGGCCUCCCAGGCGAUGCUGCACCAGCAGGCGGCAGCCAACGCGGGGGCGCCACAGCCGACGAGGUCACCAGCGCUAGGAGGCUAUCCGACAUACGGUCCCCCGGUCGAGCAGAAGAAGGACGCAGUGACUCCUCCCCGCAAUCCGGAUCGUCUCUUCACUGCGGACGAGAUGCCGAUCGGCUCCACGGGGACGCUGACCACGGAGGCCAGCAUUUCACUCCCGGGCACGGACCUGGCAGCCCCGCCAACGGCAGCAGUCGGCCCCUACGGCAAGGGCAACAACAAGGGCAAGAGCACUCCCUCACGCCAGCCGGAGAACCGAGACCCGUGGACGCCGGGCCCGGAGGAGAAGGCCGCCGAGAAGCGGCGCCAGGAAUACCACGAGUGGAAGGAGGCCGGGUGGAAGACCUUCCACAACGGCCGCUG